UCAUGCUUUGAGUAUCAGAGUUACAUUGGCGCGAGAUUGUUGCAUGUUGUUUAAAGCUGGAGAGAAGGAACACGACCUCUACUCCCUUGCAACAGAUAACGAUCCAUAAUCAUUAUUUUCUCUAUUAUCAAUGAAAUCAUUCUCAUUGUGAGUAAAGUGUGAAGUCUCAGUGUUAGGAGAAAGAUUGUAAAAUACUUCAAUAGGAGUACAUAUCACUGAUAUCAGAUUUUGAAAAUGUCGAGAAUCGACCAACUUUCUAUUACAGGAAUUCGAAAUUUCUCGUCUGAUAGUGCUGAGGUCAUAAAAUUUGAACCUCCAGUAACACUUAUUUUGGGAAAGAAUGGCAGCGGCAAAACAACUAUUAUUGAAUCCCUCAAAUAUGCCACCACUGGAGAAGUGCCAUCUGGAACUGGUAGAGGACAAUCAUUUAUCCAUGAUCCUAACCUAUCAACAAAUAAAAUUUCUAUAGGUUCUAUAAAGCUACAAUUCUUUGAUGAGCACAACAAUAAAUUCAUUGUUACACGCUCCAUGGAAGCACGAAUACUGAAAUCUAAGAUGGAUUUCAAAACAAUUGAUGGUACCAUCUCUAUAGUCCAGCCUGAUGGAACGCUAAAAAGCCACAAGAACAAAAAUAAUGACCUGAAUACAUUUGUUUGCAACACACUUGGUGUUUCUAAAGCACUGUUAAACAAUGUGUUGUUCUGCCAUCAGGAAGAUUCAAAUUGGCCAUUGGAAGAAGCAAAAAAAGUCAAAGACAAAUUUGAUGAUAUUUUCAAUACCACAAGGUAUGUCAAAUGCCAGGACGAAAUUAGGAAACAAAUGAUUGAAGUUAAAGCCAAGAUGAAGGAUAUUGAGAAAAUGGUGGAUCGUUACAAAAUGCAAAAGGAUCAAGCUGAAGAGUUUCAAAAUGAUCAACGUCGACAUACUGAACGUAAAGCGAUCUUAGAAGCGGAGAUGCAACAACUCCAAAAGACCAAAACUGAACUUGACGCCAAGUUAAAACAGAGUAUGGAUCAGUAUAGGGAAGCCGAAAAGACGAAAGCGGAAAUUCAAAGGAAAAAAGUUCGUAUGGAGGAGCUGGAGCGUAAUCGGCAUGACUUGGAGUCGGAUAUUACUCGGGUCAUCACAGCCAGUGUUGAAGAUUUGGAACGAGAAAUUCAACGAUUUCAGAUGACCAAGGGUGAACGAGAGAAAGAACUUAAUGUUCUACAAAGAGAAUUACAGCGGGUGGAUCAAAGUGGAAAAAUAAACGCUGCAGCACAACAAGAACAGCUUGUGCAGUUAGGAAAGCUGCAAUCUGAAGAGGAGCAGCAUAAUAACCGUAUUAAAGAACGCGAUUGCCUUCUGAGCAAUUUGGCUCGCAGUUAUCAAUGGCCUGGCCAUUCUGCAUUCCCGUCAAACCAGCCACUCAGCUCUGUCCAAGUUUCUCAAUAUCAAGAUCUGCUCAAGCAAACUGUUGAACAAGAAAAGCAUAAAGAAUCAGUCUUGAAACAAGAAUUGGAAAAUGAAGAAAGGAGACUCCUUAAUUCCCUUAACAAACUAAGAGAAGAGUGUGUGCGUCUCGAACAAGACAUUAAAGCAAAAGACACAUUUCUGAAUACUUGUCAGAGAGAAUUGUCCGAGAUAGAAGCCAAACUAGACGCUAUGGAAGAGAACUCUCGUCAAAUGACUAUUCUGGAACGUCAGCAAGUGGAAGCACAGACAUUGGUUGAUCGUGCAAAACAGGAGCUGAACGAAGAUGAAUUAAUUCGCAACAUUGAUCGAGCCAAGUCUGAAAAAGUGAUGCAGGAAGCCGAACUUGACCAUUGUCGUUCACAACUAAAGAAAGUAAUGGGCCAAAGAGACAUUCGAGUGAAACUUGAAAUGCAUCAAAAGGAUUUGUCUAGUAAAAGAACUCAAGAACGUCGGCUGAUGUCGCGAGAAACAGUGGAAGAUGCUAUAAAAAUUCUUGUUGGCGAUAACGCGAAUCAGGACAAUUUGCUUUCUUACUACAAUGGUCGUUUGAAGUCGAUAACUGCUUCGCUUUCAAGUAAGCAGCAUAACUUGACCAAACUGGGUCAAGAAGGAGCAACUUGCGAAGCCAACUUACGAAACAUUCGUAGUCAGUUAGAUUCUAAACAAUCCGAGUUGUCGGCCCACCAACAAAAAUUGAAGAACGCUGGGAGUUCUGGCGCUACUGAACUUGAAAAUGACAUUGCCCGACUAGCGCUAGAAAUUCAGGAUUUGGAUGAUCAGCGCGGAUUAGUCCAUGGCUCAGAAAAGAUGUACAAUCACUUCAUUGAAAAAAUGGAAAAACAGCGUGCUCACGCAGACUGCCCGCUUUGCCAUCGUGAAUUUGAUGAUGCCGAUGAAUCACUAGUACUGGUUGAUGAACUGAAAGGCCGAGUCGAAGCUAUGCCUACUAAGAAAGCGGAUUUAGAUCGCAAAAUCGCAGAGAAAAAAAGUAAGCAUGGCCAGCUACUCCAAUUGCGACCGGUCGCACAAUCUAUAGCUAAGUUGGCCGAAGCAGAAAUCCCUAAGCUGGAGUCCGGAUUGAAAGAUCUCGAAAGCCGUUCCAGCACCAUCCAGGCCGAUCUGAGAGAUCUGGAGGAGUCUAUUGAGUUUCUAAAAAAUGAGGAAGAUAUUGGAAAGAAAGCCCAUCCAGACAUCAUUCAGCUAGAUGCCGUCAAGACUGACAUAAAGAAGCUGCAGUCUCUAGUUGACAAUAUCCAGGCCCAGCUAGGUCUUUCAGGAGCUGAAGGCAGUUUAACGGUGGAAGAAGUUCAGGAGCAGGUAGAAAAGGCCGAGGCGUCCUAUCGGUUGACAACGCAAAGCAUCGAGUCUAUGAAUGACAGAUACAAUGGACAUCAAAAUAAACUCACGCAGUUGCAGCAAAACGUGAAUCGCCUAAUGGAGCGCAAGCUUCAGUUGAACAACAAUUUACAACAGCGAGGUAAUCUGUUGGAGCGCAAGACAACUUUAGAGACAGAUAUCGAGAAAGCGCGUCUCGACGUCGAAGAAUGGAAACAGAAUCUUCAACCAAUGGUAGCCAAACAGUUGGCGGCUCAAGCCACACAUGUCGAUUCACAGAAGAAACGCAAUUCCUUAACUGAGCAAGCAAGAAGAAAGGUUGAGGAAUUGUUGAAUCAACUUCGCGCGCUGGCCAGUUUGGAUAAGGAAAUCGAAAAGUGGAGUGCAGACGGCAAAGUUGCUCAACUGCAACACAGUCAGCAAGAGGUCGAACGGCUAAAAGUGGAAAAAUUGGCGCUGGAGCAACGAAAAAUGGAAAUUCAGGAAAACGCGAAGAAAAUUGAGUUAGCUCUAAGCAACUGUGAAAACGAAGAAAGGAAUUUGCGAAACAAUCUCAAACUAAUUGUCAAUACGACCGACAGGCAGGUUGUCAAGCAAGAACUUGAUCAACUCAUUGCCACAUUGGAAACCUUUAAACUGCAGCAACUAGUAAAAGAGAUCCAAAGACUUGAAGAACAAUUGGAACGUUGCAAGAUCAGGUUAGGCGAAUUAAAUGGAACAUUCCAAGAAAUCGAGAAAAGCAUUCGUGAGCUUGAAGUGAAAUUGCGGCGUGAGGAAUUCGCUACAGCGGAGGAGCGGUACUUGGAUCAGGUCAAGGAUUUUGAAAUUCACCAGGGUAUCAGCGAGGAUCUCGCUAAUUUUUAUAAUGCCCUCGAGUCCGCACUCAUGAAAUUCCACAAAGAGAGGAUGAGCGUCAUCAAUAGAAUGGUUCGUGAAAUGUGGCACUCCACAUACAAAGGCAAAGAUAUCGACUACGUUGAAAUUCAUGCAGAGGAGUCGGGUGCAUUGGGCGUUAAUUCGCGUCGCCAGUAUAACUACAGAGUCGUCAUGGUUAAAAAUGGGGUCGAAAUGGAUAUGAGGGGGAGGUGCAGUGCCGGACAAAAGGUUUUGGCAUCAUUAAUCAUUCGAAUGGCAUUAGCUGAGGCUUUCAGUUCAAAAUGUGGCGUUUUAGCUUUGGACGAGCCUACAACUAAUUUAGAUGAAGAUAACAUUGCAAGUUUGAGCGAUACUAUUUUGGAGCUAUCCAACGCGAUUACCCGUCAGAAGCGAAAAUUCCAACUGAUUGUUAUUACUCACGACGAAAAAUUUUUGGAACGAAUGUCGCGUGAUAAACGGAUGGAAAAAUUUUACCGAGUUGAUCGCAAUCGAUUCAAUUUGUCCGAAAUCCGACAGUACGACGUCAUGGGUGGAUCCCAGUCAACAAAUAUAGUCAAGAAAAUGCUAAAAUAAUCGAAGGAAUCGUUUGAAAAUCAAGUAUAAUAGUUGAUGCGAUUACCUUGUUUGAUAAUAACCAGUUAUCCAUCCGUCUUUAAGACCAAGAAGUUUGUUUAUCUAUGCUGUUCUUCGGAAGAAUUAAACGAGUUUCUCAAUAAAAAUGUCAUAGUUUCUGUUGUGUUACCUUCUCUGACUACCGGUAGAUUUUACUGUUUCAUUUCCGCAAUCUCUUGUGGCCAUCCAUCUGCUAUAGGGUCAUUCAUUCAUUGGCUGAAUUUAUCUUUUUAUCUCUUACUCAAACAUUACUUUCGAAGCAGUGAAACUCGAAGAGGUUUGUAAACGGAGCGAUUUCAUUCUCAUUGGGGUUUUUUCAAAAACAAACAAAAAAACAUUAUGCAGACUUUCUCUUUGUUCGCCCAUGUAAGCCAUAAAAAGUGUGUUAUUUGGACUGCCAAGAAGAGCAGUAUCAUGUCUCGGGGAAAGGGAGAAAACCCAGCUGGAGGCAAUUUUCCGUGUGGUUCGCACACAUACAGGUGAGUGCGUAAGGCUAAGGCCACACCAGUCUCGAUUGUGCCAGUCUCCGAAAAAGAACUAGAAUUCGCCGCUUGAAAGCAACUUACCAGAAUGACUAAUCGUCAAAUGUUAAUAGCAGUUCUUUCGCUUUUUGUUCUACAAGCCCAAUUCGUGUUGCCUAGUCCUACUGAUUCACGUCUGGUAAAGCGUCAAAGUUUGCAGUCGGAUUCUACACUCUUCUUAGAUUCCGUGGGCGAUUUGGUAAUUGGAGUGAUAAACACGGGCCUCCGGAGCGUUGCGGCCUUGAUUACAUCCGGAAACGAAGCGACUCAAAAAAUGGCCGUGGCAGUUGGAUCGGCGGCUCUUCCACCACUUUUGAAUGUCACACGCGCUUUUACUCGCGUUCAGCAAUCUUCCACGCGUCUUUUCAAUAAUACGCAGUCUGUCGUACCGGAGCCGGGAACUUUACGUGACGUCACACGGCGUAUUGCCCAAGGCAUUCAGCCGGCCAUCGGGCUUGUCGGGCAGUCUGUCAACAGCACAUUUCGAAGAACAUCUGGUAAUGGGAUCCUCGGCGCUUUCGGUGGAUCAUCUAACACCACAAGAGUCAACCCCAACGACAGCGAGAUCCCACCGGAAGGUUUCGAAGAUUUCUAGAUCAAUUAAGUCCUAAACAUUUGAAACCUUGUAACUCGAACCUAUGAAGUGUUGCAAAAAUCCGCUGGCGUGUUUUAUUUCCCUGUAUCAAAGUUAACAAAACAACUUUCGAAGAUUUAAAUAAGUUCAACAAUUUUUUCAAGCUGUUUACGUUUCUUUUGUUGGCACGACGUGGCAUUUCCUGGAAUUUUCGAUUUCACAAUACAAGCCGUUGGCAAAUCACACCAUCAA